CGUAUUAAGACUACAAUUCUUGAGCUUGAGACAAGAAAUGCAAAAUUAAAACCAAUUAUAGAGGAAUUUACAAAGAAAUCAGAAUCUAGCCACCUUGUGAUUGAGGUGCAAGGAAAUCAGCAUCGGUUUCAUAACACCGGUUGGUAUAAAGAUGUUAAAAAGCUCGAGGAUAUUGUUAAUCGAGAUCGGCAAAAAAGAUCCAUGUGUCAGGAUAAUGGAAUUUUUCUUCUUGAGGUAUGGUAUGAUGAAAAACCGGAAAUUGUUAUUCCUAAAAGGAUACAAAAAAUUAAGGGUUUCGUUAAUCAAAAUUCCAAAAUUUUCGACCUAUAA